GUGUGUGCUCGUGUGUGCGCGUGUGCUCGUGCGCGUGUGUGUGUGUGUGCUCGUGUGUGCGCGUGCUCGUGUGUGUGUGUGCUCGUGUGUGCUCGUGCGCGUGUGCGUGUGGGGGUCGCCGCUCGUGAAGCUGUAGCUGGAGAAGCGCGAGCAGCAGCAGCAGGAGGAGGAGGGACGAGGCGCGUGUGUGUGUGCGUGGUUGCGCCGCUGAUGCGAUGUCGCCACGCACGCUGCGCUGAGUGGCCGUGGUGAAGCGCGGCUACGAAGGCGGCGGCGGCGGCACGGACACGCGCGUGCGCGCGCGCCUCGGGAGCGAUGCGCAGUUUGACGAGCACUUCGAAGCACCGCAAUUAACACGAGAGCGGUCAAGGAUGGCUGUCGGCGUGAAGGGCAGCGCAACUUUGCUGCGCUCUGGUUUCUUGCUGUUGCUCCUGCUGAUGCUGCUGCGCGAUGCUGCGUCUGCCUCCAGCAAGACCACGAGCAUCCCUCGCCUCAAGCUCACGUACAAAGACUUGCAGGCCUCCAACAGCUCUGUGACCCUGCGUGACCUCAACUCAAGUGACCACCGCACUCUACUGCUGGAUGAGGAACGGGGUCGCUUGUUUGUGGGUGGCCAGGAUGUCCUGUACUCCCUGGCCCUUGACAACAUCACCCGUGGUCACACGAAGAUUUCUUGGCCGGCGUCGGAUGAGAAGAUGCUGGAAUGCCAGCUGGCUGGGAAGGACGCGACGAAGGACUGCGGGAACCACGUCCGCGUGCUGCACCACUACAACCAGACGCACCUCUACACCUGCGGCACGGGCGCCUUCAACCCCGUCUGCGCCUUCCUGCGCGUUGGCCGCCGCUCCCAGGACCAGCAGUUCAGCCUCGAGCGGCAUUCCCUGGAGAGUGGGCGAGGGAAAAGCCCCUAUGACCCCAACCAGCUGACCGCAUCUACUCUCGUAGGAGAGGAGUUGUACGCCGGGGUCACCUCGGACUUCAUGGGCCGUGAUUUCGCGAUCGUGCGCACGCUGGGCCACAGGAUGCCCGUUCGCACGGAGCAGCACGACUCGCGCUGGCUGAGCGAGCCGAAGUUCAUCGCAGCGCACAGAGUCCCCGAGAGCAAUGGCUACGAGGACGACGACAAGGUCUACUUCUUUUUCCGCGAAACGGCGAUGGAGUCGGAGCACCCGGGCAAGGCGGUGUACUCGCGCAUCGGGCAGGUGUGCCGGAACGACGUGGGAGGGCAGAAGAGCCUGAUCAACAAGUGGACGACGUUCCUCAAGGCGCGGCUCGUGUGCUCCGUGCCGGGCCCUGAUGGCAUCGACACCCAUUUUGACGAACUGCAGGACGUGUACCUGCUGCAAACCAGGGAUGCGAAGAAUCCGGUGAUUUACACGAUCUUCACCACGACAAGCAGCGUGUUCACGGGCUCGGCCGUGUGCAUGUACAGCAUGGCGGACGUCCGCCGCACCUUCCUGGGCCCCUUUGCCCAUAAGGAGGGCCCCAGCCACAAGUGGGUGGCGUACCAGGGCCGCGUGCCCUACCCGCGCCCUGGCACCUGCCCGAGUCGCAUAUUCGGGGGGUUUGAGUCGACGAAGGCCUUCCCGGACGAGGUGGUCAGCUUCGUGAAGGGCCACCCGCUGAUGCUGCACCCGGUGCGGCCCGCGGCUCAGCGGCCGCUGCUGCUGCAGACCGACGUGGGGUACCGCUUCACGCAGAUCGUCGUGGACCGCGUGGAGGCCGACGACGGCCACUACGACGUCAUGUUCAUCGCCACCGACGUGGGCACCGUGCUCAAGGUGGUGUCGGUGCCGCGCCAGACCUGGCAGGACUUGGAGGAGGUUCUUCUCGAGGAGAUCCAGGUCUUCAAGGAACCUGAACCCAUCUUGAGCAUGGAAAUCUCAUCAAAGCUGCAAUACCUCUACAUCGGCUCGAGCGGCGGGCUCACGCAGCUGGCGCUGCACCGCUGCGGGGUGUACGGCAAGGCGUGCGCCGAGUGCUGCCUCGCCCGGGACCCCUACUGCGCCUGGGACGGCGCCUCCUGCACGCGAUACUUCCCCAGCUCGCGCAGCAGGAGGUCACGGCGGCAGGACGUUCGCAACGGAGACCCCCUCACUCAGUGCUCCGACCAGUACUACUCACUGGCUGGGGAUGCAGAGAGCAUGGAGGAGCAGCUGGUGUACGGAGUGGAGAACAGCAGCCUGCUGCUGGAGUGCCUCCCCAAGUCCCAGCAAGCGCACGUCUCAUGGCUCCUCGGCAAGCCCAGCGGCCAGUCCGCCAAGAACGAGGUGACGCUGGACGACCGCGUGGUGAAGACGGCCCACGGCCUGCUCUUCCGCGGCACGCUGCGCAGGGACACGGGCUCCUACCUGUGCCGCGCCUCGGAGCACGGCUUCGCGCAGACCCUGCGGCGCUUCCGCCUCGAGGUGAUCGACGCCGCGCAGCUCGAAGAGCUCCUGCGGAAGGAGGACGAGGCCAUGUCCAGGGCCAGGAUCGCGCAGGCGACGGAGGGCGCCGGCUCCUCGCCGCCGCCGCUGUCGUCCUUGCCGGGCGCCGCACCGUCGCGCCGGCUCUGGUACCGCGACUUCAUGCAGCUCAUCAACCACCCGACGCUGGGCGGCGUCGACGACUUCUGCGAGCAGGUGUGGCAUCGCGAGCGGCGGCACCGCGGCCGGCAGGGCAAGGGACGGCACCACGGAGGCUUCGGCCACGCAAAGUGGAAGCACCUCCAGGACGGCAAGAAGGGACGCAACCGUCGCACGCACGAGCCCGAGAGGUCUCCGCGCAGCGUGGGCCCCUGACUGUGGUGGGCGCGUGGCGCGUGGUGCGUGGCACAGCAUGGCUUCUCACCUGCAAACCCCAUGCUGUGACAUGCUGGGGUUUUUAAUCAUCGUCAUCGUUGAUUUGUCAUCGCCUUUUCAAAAAGACUUUUCGUCGUUCUUGUGCAAGUGGUAUCUCCAUUAAGCUCGUGUACAUUAAAAAAGAAAACUAUUAAACCGUCGUUUAAAUAUUCCAAAAAAAAAGGCAUGUGGGGUGGGAAUUUGUUCUCGCUUAUUCGAAAAUUGUCUGAAGAUUGAUUUUGCUGUUUUAUCCAAUGUACAUAGUCAGGUUUGUCUGAAAUUGUUGUUGUGCGCAUUUCACAUUUUUUCCGCCUAUGGCCACCCAACCUUCGUGAGCGUUUCUUCUCGGGCAGUUCAUGGUGAACCACUGACGCACAAGAGCACAAUGCGUGUCUGGGAGUUACAACUCGUACGUGGACCGAUACGCAUCUACAAAGGUUUUGACGUACGCUCGUUAAAACGCUUUUUUUUUUAAAUACCGUGAAAGGAAGUAAAUAUUUUGAUUUAAAGCUUUCGUGACUGCAGGGAUUCAUAUUCUUGGUUCUUUUGGUAAAGUCACGUAGAAGGGAAAUAAUAAAAUAAUAAAAAUAUAAAACAAUUAAAUUCUCAACGACGUUUCGACUGCAACACAAGCAAUCAUCAUCAGGUAUGAAAUCCACAACAAGAAAAUUUGAAAAAGUGGCGUUUUUUUCUUAACGUCAGCACCACGGACAGCGAUUUCGCUGAUGAUUGCUUGUGUUGCAGUCGAAACGUAGUGAUAAUUUUGUUUAAUAUUUAUAUUAUUUUAUUAUUUCCCUUCUACGUGACUUUACCGAAAGAACCAAGAAUAUGAAGUAAAUAUUCUUAGAUUACCACUUCCGUGGUGUAUGGGUGUCAUGGCGGUCCAGUACUAAAUGCUCUCAUCAAAGUAGUAUUAAGUCACAAGGUUAAUAUUUCAGAGAAUACCGGAGAGAAUCAUACAGUCCCAUUACAACAACAAUACUAAUGAUGUCCUUAGUUUUAUCCAGCUAAGCCUCGCCGAGUCUCAAGAAUAUUUCCUUAAAGAGAGGUCCCUGCAUUGGGAUGUUUGUCCAGUUCCAUUAAUGAGUGGGAACAACAACAAAAAACAUGAGAAAACGCGCUGCGCAUACCAGGGUCUUACUGUCGAAGCUCUAGACAGAUGGAUUCUAAAACCUCUUUCUGUACUGCCAACCUUACACUACUUGGAAUUCACCGGAAAUCUCCCAUUCACCUUUUAACCAGGCUUAAACCUAUAAUAGAGGUUUUUGUUGGGUAAGAUCGUGUAAACAUAAAUGUGUCGUUAAGCCCCCCACCGCCCAACACAGCCAAUUAGUAAGGUUUGUAAUUUAAAUUGUAAACGUUGUGGGUUUACUCUCCAACACACAAGCGGAGUGUUGGACUAGUAACUAAUUUGCAUGUUUUGUUUACGUGACAGACCUUACCAAUUGGCUGUGCCGGUUGGUGGUGGGUUUCACGACACAAUUAUAUUCAUGCGAUCUUACCCCCCAAAAAACCUUAAUGGAUAAUAUUGGUCACGACGACCUACGUGUUAACCAGGCUUAGACCUGCUCAGCUUCCAAGAUCCAGUGAACCCUAGCUGUAGACAACUUAAGAGCAUUAUUGAAAGCACAAUCUCACAUCAAAUAUCGUAGCUUGGUCAACAAAUGACCCUAGCAAAAUCUUGUGAACAUUUGGGGCAGUCUCAUAAGGAUAACUAUUUCUAGGAGUAAGCCUCCCAUUUACCUGCACAACUUAAAAAGCACAAUCUUGUAAAUUCCUGCCUUGGAGCAUUUCAGACAAAGUCAGCUAACAUGAAUUCAGGUGUUUUCUCUUCUAAGAAUCUUGACUCGAUAUGUUUCAAUACGCACGCGCAUGUGACAAAAUCAUCAUCUUUUGGGUCUCAUGUUGAGUGGGUUUUGUGUCUGGUCACGCUGUUUUAGUAUGCGUAGGUGAGAGCGGGCAGGCUGGCGCAUUUGUCAGUCGUCUCAGGCAGUUAACUCGUAACACUUGGGUCUGUCCCGUGACCACCUGUCAGCGAGCCUUCAACAAUCUCCACAUGGCCCCAAGGUUCAUCUAGCCUGGCACAAGCUCUGUGGUGUCAUCACUGCCGCUUCGUGGCGGACGGUGGUGGUGGUUGUUGUUGUUGUCGUUGCAGGGCAGGUGAGGGUUGGUGGCAGUGUUUCCUCUGUCCCUCACGAGGGGACAAGGCCAACAGGAGCUUGAGUUCUGUGGCUUCUCGACCAGUUCACCAAAAUAAUGAUGUUGGUUACAGCUCUGCCACAAUGCCAGUUGCACAAUUGGGAUAUUGCUUUUUCACAAUCCAAAACAACCAUUUAAACGUGACAUGUAUAUUUGAAUGGCUGAAGUCAUAAUACAAGAAUAGCGUUUUCCUACUGCGUUGGUAAUAGCUGCUUGACGUUUCAUUGGAUGCCAUACGCCUAACUUAAGGUCUGUGCGUAAUAGUGCAAGCGAUGGGUGCACUACAGAUGCUUAAUAAUUGGUGGGUGCACCACAACUCGUGUCUCACAUGCUGACGACUUGUGCGCAGUAUUCUGUUGAACGAGCUGCAUUGUUACAGACCGGUGCUACGUGCUGAUCUC